CGCUGGUUCAUUUCUCCAAGCAGUUCCGCAACGGACAAGAUGCAGCACGACCCGACCGCGUCGGCGAACCCGACCGAGGUCGACGUCUGCAUGACUGACGAGAUGAACCCGCUGGCGCAAGCAGCGGUUGCUGCCGAUGGCGAAGCGACCGCGCGCGGGAGCCCACGGUCGCCGGCCAGCGCGAUCGACACGACCCACCUCGACAAUGCGACGGCGACGAUGGUGACGAUCGCAGUGAACGAGGAGGCGAAGCGACCCUCGCCGACCGCGGCGCCACGAACAAGCGAUGGUACGUCGCCUCGGACGUCGCCUCGGUCGUCGCCCAAGGCCAAGCCCGACAGCAUCUACUGGGUCAAGCGGACGAAAUUCCUCCAGCGUGAUGUACUCUACAUUUGCCAAAACGUCAAUGGUCCGUGCCCACUGCUCGCAAUCUGCAACGUGCUCUUGCUGCGGGGCCAUUUGCACAUUGACGCGUUUGUACGCUCCACGCCCGCCGGUCAAGGCUACGUGUACGCGCGUGAUGUCAUGGAGCUGGUCCAGCAGCGCAUCCUCACGACCAAUGCCCACUUUUCCGAGGCGGAGAAGACGACCGUCCAGGAAGUCGUCGACCUCAUUCCGUCGCUGCAUGUUGGCUUGGACGUCAACGUUCAGUUCCAUGCGAUCGACGCGUUCGAGUACACAAGCGCACUCGCGAUUUUCGAUUUACUCGCGAUGCGCCUCGUGCACGGCUGGGUCGUCGACCCGCAGGAUGUUGAGACGGCCUCGGUCAUUGGCGCCAAGUCGUACAACCACAUUAUCGAGACGGUCAUUGACCACCACUCGGUUGGCGACGACGCCAGCGCCGCCGCCUCCACCAUGGUCAAGGAGCGGUCGCUCUCGAUGGAGAACGCGGUCGCCAAGGUCCAGCAGGUCCAGCACGACGGGCCGAUCAUUGAGCAGUUCCUCGCCGAGAGUGCCAACCAGCUCACGUUUGCCGGUCUCGUCUUGCUGCACGAAGAAGAAGGUAUCAAGGAGCGGGAACUGGCCGUAUUUUUCCGCAACAAUCAUUUUUCGACCAUCUUCAAGAUUGAUGGCGCGCUCUACCUGCUCGCUACCGACGCUGGCUACUUUGACGAACCGAGCGUCAUUUGGGAAAAACUCGAUGAAAUUGACGGCGACAGCGAGUAUUUCACGUGCGCAUUUACGCCGGUCGUUGCCCGCGAUACGAAACAGCAAGCGCUCUUGGCGACGCAGUCCACCGACGAGCCACCGCCGCCCAUCAUCUCGGAGGACGAGUACGACCAUGCAAUGAUUUACGUGUGCAACGCUAAGAUGCUAUAUGGUAGCGCCGACUAUCUCAUGGCGCUGCGCCUCCAAGAAGAAGAAAACCGAAUGGCAAAAGGCGCGAUGCCCGAACCGCCGGUACGACCGCCGUCGCCACGUCGACCGCCAAGCCCGCGGCAUGUGCCACCGAUGAUCUCGGGCGUGAGCGUUGACCCGCUCGAAAUGACAGACGAAGAGCUUCGACUCCAGCGGGAGGCGGAGGCGUACUACAAGCAGCAGCAGCUGCGCACCCAGCGCCAAGCGACUGGUGGCCAACCAGAGGUUCGGCAGCAGCUCCCGCGACGUGAGGGCAGUGCAGCCUCGCGUCCACGACGCAGUAUGACCAACAACAGCAAUGAUGCAGGUUGUCGUGUGAUGUAAUUUUCAGCACAAUUCAUUUCAAUCUGCGAGCUUUAUCGGCAAAUGGACAACGUUUGACAUGGCC